AUGUCGAAGCGCGUGACACUGUUUGAGCCUCCACAGCUCGACUCCUCCAAGGCGCCGAUCGAAAAUGUCCUUGAGCUGACUUCGGUGGAUGACAUCGGACCUGAUGUCUUUACCAACACUCGCCCCCUUUGGCAUCCUCCAGGAGCCCGCGGAAUUUAUGGCGGCGCCGCAAUCGCCCAAUGUCUCGCCGCAGCGAUGCGAACCGUCCCUGCCGACUUUGCCGUUCACAGCAUGCACUGCUACUUUGUUCUCGCCGGCGACUCGGAGAUUCCCAUUGUCUAUCACGUCGAACGAGUCCGUGACGGUCGAAGCUACAUCACACGGACUGUCCAGGCGCGGCAACGAGGUCGCCCUAUCUUCACAACAACGUUGAGUUUUAACAAGGCCAACAGCGGUGGGAAAAAGAAGCUCCAGCAUGCGGCUACUAUGCCUCCGGUUCCUCUGCCAACCCCACCGGGGAGCGGCUUGAGGAGAUUCGAUGAGAACGGUGGUGGACCGUUUGAGUCGGCCAGGGCUGGGAUUGUGAACCGCGGUGCUACUCCAGAGGAAAAGAAAGUGCGCCGAUGGGUGCGAUGCAGAGGAAGAAUUUCAGAAGCUGGAGCUCAGCACGCUCACCUUUCGGCUCUUGCAUACAUCACAGACAGCUUCUUCAUCGGGACUGUCGCGCGAGUACAUGAUAUUCCACGCUUCACAUCAGCCGCGGAGCUGAAGAGGGCUCUGAAGGCGCUAAAGAACCCCUCUGAUCUCGAUGACGAGGAUAUCUCUCGGUCCUUGAACGAACUCAAAGAGGAAGAGUCGGCGGACCUGCAACGCCGGCUCGAGGGAGCGUUAAGUAAACUCCAGGACGCGAAAAGUAAAUCAGAGCACAAGGAGAUUGGAAUGAUGGUCAGCCUUGACCAUUCCAUCUACUUUCACAAUCCUUGGAAAUUCCGCGCAGACGAAUGGAUGUUGACGGAGAUGGAGAGCCCAUGGGCGGGUGAGGGGAGAGGCCUUGUCCUGCAGAAGAUCUGGGCUAAAGACGGCACGUUGAUUGCCACCUGCACGCAAGAGGGUGUCGUGAGGCUGAAACAAGAUGAGCCACCUCGGGCGAAGAUCUAG